ACAUCUCUUCUCCAUUGAUCAACCGAGUUCAUCUUCUUUGUUUGUUUUUCCUCUAUACCAACUGGCUGUGGCAUAACUGGAGGGGUGGGUAGCGGCAUUUGGGGUAUUUGUUGUAGCUGCUGCAUUUGAGCCAUCAUCAUUGGGUCCAUCCCCAUACCCGGAUACAUGCUAUAUUGUGAUGGGAAACCUCCCAUUGGCACUGACAUAGGAGUUGUCAUAGGCAUUUGGGGAUAUCCACCCAUAGCAGCAGGAUUCCAACUCAUCGUCGAUGCUGGAUACCCAUAACUCAUCCUUGAAUCAGCUGGAUACAUCAUGCUAUUGCGUUGUUGGAAUGCUGCUGCUGAUGAUUUCAUUCCAAGUGCUACAUCGUCAUCGUUAUCACCAUCUAAAGGUUGCUUAUAGGUGCCUGCUUGUAGAUGCUUCAACCCAAGAGGUAUGUCAUCGUCAUCUUCCUCUUGUGCAUUCGUCUCAGCAUCUCCUGGAAGCUCUAUUUGAAUCUUUGGCAUAAGUAUUUUCUCACUUGGUGUCCUAGAUUGUCUUACAAAUGAAGAUAACGGUCUCUCAUCUUCACUAUCGUCAUCUUCGGCUUCUAAUUGUGCAUGUAAUUCAGCGUCUUGUGAUCUGGAGCGUAUUAUAGCUGAAAUUGGUCUACCAUCUUCGUAAUCGUCUUCGCUGUCGUUUAUGCUAGAAUGAGAUGGCUGCAGCAAUUCAACUGGAGGAAGUGAACCAUCUGGGGCUCGAGAAGAUGAGGGUACUAUUGAUUUUCUAGGAGCGUGUCUCCAUUCGUUGUUCCUCUUCGGUCUAGCGAACUGUUUAGGAUCAAACUCAUGCGAUUGACGAGCAGAAGGUAAUCCUGUAGAACCUGAAUCAACAGAUUCAUCGUACCAGCUGCGUCCACCGACUAAUGUUUCAUUUGGUACAGGAGAUGCGACUGCUUGAGAAGGCAAUGUAAUUUCUGCGUCUUCAAUGCCAUUUUUGGAAUGGGCUGCAUUUUCUUUGUUUGUCGCAGGUAAGUUGAGAGAAGAAUUUUGUUCAACACUUUGUUUAGAGCCAGUGCUCUUCAAACCCAUGAUGGAUUUCUUUUUAUUCUUCUUCAUGUGCUUUCUUUCUUGCCUCUCAGCUUCAAUGCGUUGAUUUCUUUCUGCAUCGGCUCUCUCUGCAGCUUCAAUUGCUUCAGCUUUAGCUAAUUCGCGCUGCCAAUGCUCAUCAACACCAAAUACAGAUUGCAUACGCGUGGUUGCAUUAGUUAUGCUUGAUCUACCAUCAGGUGUCAUCAUUUGUAGAUGUUCAUCGCCCCUGAAAACUCUUCUCUUAUCCUUUUGAGCUUGCUUACGUGCAUCAAUAUCAUCCAUCAAGCUUGAACCAAAGAUUGUACCAGGUUGCAUCUCUGACAUUUCCAUUUCGCGCAUUUUCCUUGCUCUUACUAUAUAUUUAUCGUAUUCAUCUUCUAGCUUCUCGUCAUAGAGUUGAGCUUGUUCACCUUCAGUUUGAGCAAUUGGUAGACCAGCACUUGAUCCAACAUAUGGUCCUUGGGCAUGUGAUGAGGCAGCUGUUGGAGCAAACACGCUCGCUCGUGAAUUGCGAUUUGUGAAAGACACACCCUGAUCUGAUUUGCCGUUGAGUGGUACGGCAAGUGAUGCCCUAUUCAUAGCCAAUGCGGUGUGUCUUUUGUGUGCUCUAGCUCGUUUCAAUGCAAGUGGUAAUGGUAGGCCAAGUUCGGUUGGCAGAUGAUGGAGAUCUUGAUCAUCUCUAUGGACGUUGAUAUCAUCUAUCGAACCUUGCAAUGGUACAGGCAUAACGAGUGUCUUUGGACGCAGAAGCGUACUUCUUGAGACUGUCUUGACUUCCUCAUGCUUGGGUUCUGAUGGCCGCAAAUGAGGUGGUAUAUCGUUGUUAUUGACAUCCGUAGGCUGACUCUCCUCUGGUUUAGCAUGAUGAGCGUUUUUCGGAUCAAAUUUUGAGGUGAAAUCAAAUGGUGGUAAAGUGAAAUCAGAGUUGGCCUCUCUGUAGAAUCCAAGUGAAGACUGGGCCCGUCCUCUAGUAGGCUUGGCUGAGUCUGUACUGUUUUGUGCUUCCUUCGCUAGAUCGACGGCAGAAGUGUCUCGGAAGAGGGAGUCGUUAGCGAGAGAACUAUCAUCACGGGUCUGUUCCCGUUGAGGGGAUGUGUGAUAGGCUACGGCGGUAAUAUCAGAAAGUUUUGCGGCAUCUGAGAGUGUUCUAUUCUUAGAUGCACGAGCUUCACCUGGCGUUGGACGUAGAGGUGGAGGUGGUGGCAGAUCAGCACUCGAACUUUUAACCAAAAAGCCAUCUAGGCCCCAACUAUCGAGGUUUAUAUCAUCUUUAGGGAUAUCUGGCCGGUCUUCCACUUUUUGUUGUGUAGGGUAUGACAUAUCAAAACCAGCUCGAUAUGCUUCAACGGAUUUCGCGAUGUCGAUCUUUUUGGUAGCUGGAAUAGAAUUAUCUGAAGAUAGGCUUGUACGCUUAACUCUAUCGCUCAGUUCGCCGAUUUCGCUGUCAAACUUGGCGUAUUUAUUGAUACCAUCCUCAGCGGUUAAAGGCGCGGGUGCGAACAAAGCAGAAUCUUUAGCUUUAUUGCUACCGUCAUAUUCUAAUAAGGCUGCUGCCAGUGCCAAUCGAUUGAACGACAUCGACGUUUAAAAUCAACGAUUCGUUCAACCAAAACAGUCAUCAUGCCAGCGAAAACAAAAAGAUACAAAGGUCCCUUGGAUCUCAAACGAUGGCAUUGGUAUACUUUCCUUACCUGGUUCGUCGCUCUUAUAUUCCCUCCGUUUGGUGCCCUCGUCAGAUUUGGCUUCGGCAAGGAUUUCCUGAUAACUUUCAUACUCACACUACUCGGCUGGAUACCUGGUCAAAUUUACAACUUUUACAUACAGAACAUUAGAGAUAACAGAACGAAGGAGCGUACACCACAAUUCGCCAUAAGAUAUAAAUUAGUAGACGUCGAUAAAUACAGGAAAAGACAGCAACGAAAUGCUUGGAGACAACGAUAUGAAGUCGGAGGUAUAGACUCCGAGGGUAUUUUUGACUCCAGAUCGAGCGUAUCAUCAGAUAAAAGCGCAACAUACUUCGAAUUGCCUUUUAAUACUGGUUCAGGUCCGAUAAACAGUCAAAAUUCUAGUUUCAUAGACGACAUACAACAAACUAGCAGAUCUACAAAUCGCAACAAGGGCUCCCUAUUUAAGCGCACCUUUAGGAAGCGCAAAGAUCCAAAUCACAAGAAAGAUCGCUGGGAGCGGACGCGUAUAUCACGUGAACAAUCACACAUGAUGGUACCUGAUAGUUUGGAUGAAUUAGAAGCUCCUGAAGAGCCUAUAGGAAUGUAUAAUACCGCGCACAAUACUCAUGAUAAAGUUUCAAUUCGUGACACCGCGUUAUCAACUGAUUUAAGACACGAUUUAACCUCAUUUCACGACACUUG